GCCAGCGGCGGCCCAGGCUCGGGGCACCCGCGCGGCUCCCGGUCGCGGAGCACACAACCCGGCGCGACAAGGUUCCUUCGGAGAGCGUGCGGGAGUCGGUGCGCGGCCGCCUGCGGGGAGCAGCCGAGGAAUCUGCAGGGAGAGGUCGGGACGUGUGGACGGACGCCAGCAUGCCCGUGCUGUCGGAGGACUCUGGUUUGCAUGAAACCCUGGCCCUGCUGACCUCCCAGCUCAGACCUGACUCCAACCACAAGGAAGAGAUGGGCUUCCUGAGGGAUGUUUUCAGCGAAAAAAGCCUCAGUUACUUAAUGAAGAUUCACGAGAAGCUUCACUAUUAUGAAAGGCAAAGUCCAACCCCAGUUCUGCACAGUGCUGUGGCCCUCGCUGAGGACGUGAUGGAGGAGCUGCAGGCCGCCUCCGUGCACGGUGAUGAGAGGGAGCUGCUCCAGCUGCUCUCCACUCCGCACCUGAGGGCUGUGCUCAUGGUACAUGACACGGUUGCCCAGAAGAAUUUUGACCCCGUUCUCCCACCUCUGCCUGAUAAUAUCGAUGAGGAUUUUGAUGAGGAAUCGGUGAAGAUCGUCCGCUUGGUGAAGAACAAGGAACCCCUGGGUGCCACCAUCCGGCGGGAUGAGCACUCGGGGGCUGUUGUGGUGGCCAGAAUCAUGCGAGGAGGCGCAGCAGACAGGAGCGGCCUGGUCCACGUUGGAGAUGAGCUCCGAGAAGUGAACGGGAUCGCAGUCCUGCACAAGCGGCCCGAUGAGAUCAGCCAGAUUCUGGCCCAGUCCCAGGGAUCCAUCACCCUAAAAAUCAUCCCAGCCACCCAGGAGGAAGAUCGAUUAAAGGAGAGCAAGGUGUUCAUGCGUGCCCUCUUCCACUACAACCCUCGGGAGGACCGGGCCAUCCCUUGCCAGGAGGCGGGUCUGCCCUUCCAGCGCAGGCAGGUCCUGGAGGUGGUGAGCCAGGAUGACCCCACAUGGUGGCAGGCCAAGCGAGUCGGGGACACCAACCUUCGAGCCGGCCUCAUCCCCUCCAAGCGGUUCCAGGAGAGACGACUGAGCUACCGGAGAGCCGCGGGCACCCUGCCGAGCCCUCAGAGCCUCAAGAAGCCCCCCUAUGAUCAGCCUUGUGACAAAGAGACCUGUGACUGUGAGGGCUACCUCAAAGGGCACUAUGUGGCUGGUCUUCGGAGGAGCUUCCGGCUGGGCUGCAGAGAGAGACUGGGCGGCUCGCAGGAAGGGAAAAUGACCUCUGGAGCUGAGUCUGCAGAGCUGCUGACUUACGAGGAGGUGGCCAGGUACCAGCACCAGCCCGGAGAGCUGCCCCGCCUGGUGGUUCUGAUUGGGUCUCUGGGAGCCCGACUGCACGAGCUGAAGCAAAAGGUGGUGGCCGAGAACCCACAGCACUUUGGCGUUGCUGUUCCACAUACCACCAGACCCCGAAAGAGCCAUGAGAAGGAAGGAGUGGAAUAUCACUUUGUGUCUAAGCAAGCAUUUGAGGCCGACUUACAUCACAACAAGUUCCUGGAACAUGGUGAAUAUAAGGAAAAUCUCUAUGGAACCAGCCUGGAGGCCAUUCAGGCUGUUAUGGCCAAAAACAAAAUUUGUUUGGUGGAUGUGGAGCCGGAAGCACUGAAGCAACUGAGGACCUCAGAAUUUAAACCCUAUAUUAUAUUCGUAAAGCCUGCAAUUCAGGAAAAAAGAAAGACGCCACCUAUGUCCCCAGCUUGUGAGGACACGGCAGCCCCACUUGAUGAGCAGCAGCAAGAGAUGGCCGCUUCUGCCGCCUUCAUAGACCAGCAUUACGGGCACCUGGUGGACGCCGUGCUGGUGAAGGAGGAUCUCCAGGGUGCCUACAGCCAGCUCAUAGUGGUCUUAGAGAAGCUGAGCAAGGACACUCACUGGGUACCUGUUAGUUGGGUCAGGUAACUUUAUCCUGGAACAUCCAAGCUGGACGGGACCUUGAAGAUCAUCUAGUCCAGCCUCCUUCAUUUUACCAUCAAGGAAUCUCGAGUGCAGAGAGGGGCAGGAUUCUCCACAAAUUCCAUCAUUGAUAAGAGCAUAAGUGGGAAGUCUUGUUUGUUGUUGGUUUUUGUCUGUUGUUUUUCACUGCACCUCUUUGGAUCAUGAUUUGAAAGGGGCUCUCAGAAAACACAUUUCACUCAUUAAAGUAUCACAGGCAAGCUGACCCUGAUUCUUUGUACCA